CAUUCCAACAGAAGUCACUGACGUUGAUGUUUCUAGAUGACCGAGUAUGGAUACAGUUGCGUACCAAAAGAAAGUGUCGGGCUAUUUUUCUACAGCUUGUGUUCAGAUGUGCUUAGAACUGGCCAAAGAGGUUGGAAUUCUUGAUAUAUUGUUCUCUGCUGAACAACCACUGACCUCUAUGAAAAUAGCAGAGCAAGGAAAGCUUAAGGAAAGAUAUGUGAGAGAGAUCCUUGGAGCGUUGGCCGUUUCAGAAAUAAUACAAGUGGACGAUACCUCGACGACAUUCCAUGUGCCUAAACAUCACAAAAAGGUGCUUCAAGUAUUGACAACGUUUGGAAAAGCAGUACCUAUCAUGGGCAUGAGGAUGGAAGUAAUGAAGGCCAUUAUUUCCAAAGAUGGUCCAGCUGGCAUUCCAUUUGAUGAUCACGUGUUUAACUGGUUGAGAGAUACAAGACUACUUACACAAGAUUCCAUCGUAGAUGAUGAUCUCCUGGCCUUCUUACCCGAUAUCAAAACUCGGCUAGAAAAGGGAAUACAUGUUUGCGAGUUUGGCUGUGCUAAAGGAAUAAUUAUUUUGAAUCUUGCCGCAAGAUAUCCCAAGUCAACUUUUGUUGGUAGUGAUAUCUCCAAGUCUUCCCUCCUCGAGGCUCGGAAACUGGCUGCCGACAGAGGACUCAGAAAUAUCACAUUUAAAGUAGAUGAUCUGCUGGAGCUACCAGAAACUAUCAACAACUCUUUCGACUGGGUUUUGGUUCAAGACACGCUUCAUGACUUACCAAGUCCCGUGAAGGCGCUGCGGGGCAUCAGGCGAUCUUUGAGGAAAGAUGGAACCGCCAGCUUCAUUGAUUUUGGAAUGAAAGGUAAACUGGCGGACAACAGAGGCAGUAUCUUCUGGGGCCAGAUGUUUUCAUUAGGGUCAUUCUUCUGUGUUCCUGGUAGUCUGGUGCAGAGCAAAGACGCAGAAGCAUUUGGUCCUUGUUGGGGAGUGGAGAAAACUCGACAGUUGAUCAACGAAGCAGGAUUAUCUGUCGUUAAGGAAGAUUUUAGCAGCCAAAACCCCGGAGUCGUGCAUUAUAAAUGCAAAUGCAAGGCUUAAAAAGCUGGGAUGGAUUCAGAUAUUGUGACAGAUACUGGUCACAAAAUGAAUAUUAUACAAACACUAAUAGAUCUAGAUUUUUCAUAUUUAUUCCAUGGACGAGCCGUGAAGAACAUUGGCUGUCUUUUAAGCACAUAUUUAUUAAUUUCCUUGUUUUCAAAAAUUAUCUUCAUUAGUUAAAUAAAGUAGAAAC